AUGUAUACAGAUAUUCCAUCAUUUACAAAAUGUUGCUUCUGUGCUCCCUUGAGAUACGGGCUUUUAGUAUGGGCUUACUUUAAAUUGGUCACAAGUAUAAUAAUAUUCGCAUCGGUUCUUAUAUGGCUUCUUAACUUCACUAAAUCCGUUGUUUUAAUUGCGGAUGCCAUACAUUUUUUAGCGUUGUUUGUGGCGACAAUAUCUAUUCAUUUAUUUGAUAUUAUCUUCAACUUGGUGCUCAUAAUCGGCAUUCAUAAGAAACACGUUACGUUGUUACGACUCUACUACCGCUAUGGGGUCGCACAUGCGUUCGUUAUUACAGCCACUGCUCUCAUAUGUAUUGUUUAUGCGAUUGCUUCAACGAGUGCGCCUUUUGAUGAACCAAAUUUAUGGCAUAAGAUUGUAGUUUUUGCAUCGGCUAUUUGUGCCUCAAUGCUUGUUCACACAUACCUUCUGAUAUUAGUACGGAGUGAGGUGCUGAAGCUGAAAGCGAAUUCCCAGUUCAAGUUUUCAAACCAAGCCGCCGAUCCUACGUGCGUAAUGCAAGACUCAAAUGACGUAACAGAAAAUAAAGACAUAGACGAAGCACUACUAAAACAUACUUAA